UUAAUUAUUGGUCAAAAAGCUGCAGAAAAUUUGAGUCAGGCAGUCCCCACACAUCCAAAAAGUAGUGCCAAAGAUUGGGCUUCUGGGGACUCCCAAGUCGGUGUGAGUCUGCACAAGUUGGAUCUGUGGCUGGCACACACAGAGCAGCUAUGUUUGCCCAGAUCCAACACAACACUCCACUUGCCUGUCUCGCCGGAACUGCUCCUGAAAGUGCUUCUCGGCAGCGUGCGGCAGAAGGAUUGUCCUCCCAAGUCGGAGCUGUUCCCGCGAAUAGAAAAGCUGAUCUGGGCCGGGCGGCUCAAGAAGCAGGGCUUCGAGGACGACAUGUACGAAUGAGGAAUCGUUUCAACAAGAAUAACUGGGUCUGCUGGCCAUCAGCCUCCUGGAUGGAUGAGGAAGAAAUGCCUGUUGUUACCGAGACGGAACGCUGCGUUUGAUUUUGCUAAGAAAACGAACAAGUAUUGUAUUGUGUGCGAGUGCGGCGGGAGGAGGAGGUCGAUUCUCGGAAAUGUGAUAUCUAUUUCUGAUACCUGUUCAUGAUCACAAUUGGGAAAUCUCGCGUCAAAAUAUACAUACAGUAUAUAUUUUUAUCAACUGUUAUCUACUGUGUCACUUUCUGUUGCUUCUUUUCCUGAGGAAAAAACAAAACCGAACGAUGGAUUGUGGGGAAAAAGGCG